AGGCGGCGCGGGCGCGCGACUAGCAGGGUCCGGGGGCGAGCGCCGCGCGGGCCACCAUGGCCACGGACGAGCUGGCCAACAAGCUGAGCCGGCGGCUGCAGAUGGAGGGCGAGGGCGGCGUCGAGGCCCCGGAGCAGCCCGGGCUGAACGGGGCGGCGGCGGCGGCGGGGGCACCCGACGAGGCGGCCGAGGCGCUGGGCAGCGCGGACGAAGAGCUGAGCGCCAAGCUGCUGCGGCGCGCCGACCUCAACCAGGGCAUCGGCGAGCCCCAGUCGCCCAGCCGCCGCAUCUUCAACCCCUACACCGAGUUCAAGGAGUUCUCCAGGAAGCAGAUCAAGGACAUGGAGAAGAUGUUCAAGCAGUACGAUGCCGGCCGGGAUGGCUUCAUUGACCUGAUGGAGCUAAAGCUUAUGAUGGAGAAACUUGGAGCCCCCCAGACCCACCUGGGCCUGAAAAACAUGAUCAAGGAGGUGGAUGAGGACUUUGACAGCAAGCUCAGCUUCCGAGAGUUCCUCCUGAUUUUCCGCAAGGCAGCGGCUGGGGAGCUGCAGGAAGACAGCGGGCUGCACGUGCUGGCCCGCCUCUCCGAGAUCGAUGUGUCCACCGAGGGCGUCAAGGGGGCCAAGAGCUUCUUUGAGGCUAAGGUCCAGGCCAUGAACGUGUCCAGCCGCUUCGAGGAGGAGAUCAAGGCAGAGCAGGAGGAGAGGAAGAAGCAGGCGGAGGAGAUGAAGCAGCGGAAGGCCGCCUUCAAGGAGCUGCAGUCCACCUUCAAGUAGCGAGGCUGCGCCGCACCGCCUGGCCCCGGCCCCGGCGCCCAGUCCCGCGGGCGAGGGUGGCGAGGGCCGGCAGACCGCAGGCCAAGCCUGAUCCUUGGCUCUGUCUGAAGGGACCAUGCUAAAAAGCUACACGUGUCUGUGAACAAGCCGGCUGAGGGGUCUCCCAGAGCGGCCCGGCCCCUCCCCGCUCCCUGCCGCUGUCCCUGAG